AUGCCAGAUUCAGACUCCAUCACGUCGCGCGAGAUGGCCGAGUACCUCGAGAACAAGCGCGAGUUGAGUGAGAGGGACAGGGAAUAUCUAGCGCUCGAUGCCAAGAAGAACCAGGCCACAGCUGCUCCCGAGGGUGCCAAUAUCAACGCCUACACCAACUGGGCCACCAACAUGAACAACAACACCCUCAGCACCACCAACGCCAACGCCAACGCCGCCAACAAUACCGCCAUCAACGCCAACAAUGCUGAUGACGAUGACGACAGACGCUCCGUCCUGUCCUCGCGCAUCAUGCGCUCCGGCCUCACCAACAUCGGCCAGCUCGUUCGCAAAGCGCCGGGCUUGCAGUCGGCGCAGGACCGUCAGACGGUGGAAGCGGCGAUGCGCGACCCGCGGUACCUUGAUUCGUGGCGGGGCACUAAGAUGGUGCAGCUUCAGCAGCUGCAGCAGCAGCAGUCGCAGCCACAGCAGCGCCAGCCACAGGGCUUCCAGUAUCAGCCACGCCCCUCGGUUCCACUUGCUGAGCCACACCAGCCACAGGCCCCGCCACAGCCAGAACAUGAUGCGGCGUCAGUCCUCCAGCAAUACCAGGAUCACCAGCACCAGCACCAACAACUGCCACUGCCACUGUAUGCUCCGUUCAUUUCGCUGCAGGAAAUCGACGCCGAACUAGAUCGCGUCCCGCAAGAGCAAAAGGGCCACCUCUUCGAGGCCGUCGACUGCGAGGUGCGCGUCAAGGUGCUGCACUGGCAUCGCCACGCGAUGAUGGAGCGGGAGGCCAACGCGAACACCGCCAAGAACAAUAAAGAGUAG